AUGUUCUGGUCAAGUGAUUUGGCAUCUCCUGCGACUGCUUUGAAUGAGUUACUCAAGAAUGAUACAGCAACACUUGCAGAUGUAUUAAAUGAUGAGUAUGUAAUACAGGAAAUCCGUAUUUCGAAUCCACAACUUAUGAAAUUUUUGACAAGACAGGAAGUUGUGGUGCAAUUAGUCAAAGGUGCUUUGGAGCCAGAAAUCGACGGAUCACUACCCUUGAAAGAGCAGUACAAGAAAUCUCAUCUUUGUGCUGAAAUCCUAUCUGUGAAUAAUGAAGAACUGAGUAAAGCUGUUGUCAGGAAUGAAGAAGCUUGUUGUUUGCUUUUUGAUUUUCUGAAUACUAAAAAACUAAAUCAUGUACUUGCUGGCUUUUAUAUGAAAAUUGUCAGCAAAUAUACUGAUCAGGUUUCAAUCAAGUUUCUUUACAAGCAAUUGUUUUCUUUCCACUUAAAAAUCAUGAGGCACUACUUCCUUUUCGAAGAAAACAUGCUAUUUAAUCGCAUGAAAGAAAGUCAAUUUUUGCUAUAUUGUAUGAAGAGCAUGAAAUAUUCAGCAGUGGCGGAACUGCUGUACCGCAUUGCGACUUCUCCAUCAGAAUUAGAUCAGCUAGAUCAUAUAAAGCAGUGGUUAGCAGAAAGUCGACUGGUAGAGAAUCUUUGUGAUCUUCUCGUUCCAGAACAACCACCAGUAGUUCAUGACAAUGUUGGCCAUCUGUGGAGCGAACUCGUGCGUGUGCUGCGUGAUGCGCAGUACACUGCAGAAUGCAAACGCAGUGAUUUUUUGUUAGAAAGCUUACAAUCUGAGCGGAAUGUACGUCAUUUAAUGAGUCGUAUGUUGCCUGACAGUAUUGAUCAACGUCGUGAUUCUGUUAUUGUAAAUUGUGCUGCUAUUUUGAUUGUUCUUCUGGAAACUAAUUUUGUUCCAAAUUGCCCCAGUCGUCAGUUAGGCAUGGAAGAUCGUGGUAUUCAGGCCCAGUGGUGUGGAGUAGUACCAAUCACGGGAAAUGAAGUAAGUUGCACGACAGUAUGGCAACCUGAUGCUGGUCGAAUUGUCGAAACAGUAGUUGCUGCUUUUGGUGAUCGUAUUGUCAACGCAAUACUGGAUUCUGUUAAGGUAGGAGAUGGUGAUUUAAGAUUAUGCAGCGAUGCAUGGUGUCCACUUAUGCGACUGUUGGUGCUAGUAUUAGACACAAAUCAUUUGCCAACACACCAGACUCUGUUGGCAGCAUUUUCAUCGCUUUCAAUGAAUCCAUUCAAACUCUUUCUCACUUACGUAAACACUCGCCCACAACUUACAGUAUUUCAAAAUCUUUUACAUCGGGCUGUCGCGUACAUUCUUUUUACGCAUUCGUCACCCUCAUCACCGCUCAUAAAAUAUCUGAUUAAAGAUGUAGAUAUUUUAAAACAUACAUUGGCAGGCUGUGAAACAUCACAAGCAGACUUUCUUCAUGGGUAUUCGAGAAGAACGCUUCACAGUUUUUAUAUGAAUUUAGCAUCAUUAAUUCGUUCUGCUUCGGAAUCUUCAGUUAAUGCCGAAUUAAUUACUCAACUCCUUCAAGGAACUGGCCAAACAAAUCGUUGGGAAGCCCUUUUGAAAGAAGUCAAAAAUUAUGAAGAAAAAAAUCGAGCUGAUGACACAGGAGUUACUCCUCCACCAGCUAGUGAUGUUGUUGAUAAGGCAAGAAUUGAUGCAUGCGAUUUUCCAGAGUUAUUGGGUGAAACUGCACAGGUAUACUUCCAUAUUUUGUUGGCUGCUUUACUUUUCGUACAUAUACUAGAUCAGUAUAGGCAGUGUGCUUUACUGCAAACGCCUCCAGAAGACAUUCCUAUCCCAUUUCCAUGUUUUUCUCAUGAUACAGAUUAUGAGAUUCCUGAUAUCACUCCGGACUGCACUAUUGUAAAGGAUUUUACUAGCAUUGGGAAUGAAAACGCUUUCGAUGCUAUGUGUACAUUGAGGAUCGACAACAGUAUUACAAACAAAGACGUUGAUGACGGAUGGCCUAGUGUGAGCAAUCCCAAGGGAAUGGAGAAAACACUGGAUCUCAAGGAUGAUGACCCAAUAUCAGGAAAUUUUUCUUUAUUGUGGAAUGAAGCAGCUCCAGGUUCGACUUUUAAGAAAUUUGCCUUCAGAGGUGCUGUAGGGACAUAUGAAAAAAGAGCACCAAAGGAAAUUACUACCAAAGAAGAAAAAAAAAUAUCAAAGUGCAUUAUAGAUGAUAUUUGGCCUGAAACUUCCUCUUCAUCAGCUUCCGCGGAUUUUGGUAAUUGGGCUGAUUUCUCAUCCAUAAAAUCAGAUGAUUGGCCUCCAAUGGAAAACCAUGAUGAAAAGAGUGCGUGGGAUGAAGCUGCUGAUACGAUUGUUCCAAGUGCAACGACAGGAGGUGCUGUUGGUGGCAUCGCUUCAGUGAUUAUGGCAGAAAAUGUUACAAGGUAUGAGUUGUAAUA